AUGUCCGAAGAUUCAGAUAAGGACAAGCAGCACAUAGAACAAUUAACGAGUGAUGAUUACAAUUCGGAUGAAGAUCCCUUUAACCCAUUUUUAACUGAAGACUUUGAGCAGUGUGCAUUUUUCACAGAUUCUUUUUGUGAUCAGCUUUUGCCACGGACCACACAGAUUUUAUUGGAAUAUAACUCAGGGAAAUGGGUGCCAAGGCUUCGUGAACCACGAGAUUUAUAUGGCCUGUCUCCUGCAGGACACCUGCACUUAGUACGCUGGCCCCAUCAGUAUGAAGUUAUCAGAGAGAGAAUUGAGCAUAUUGUGUGGAUUCCUCCUACGCCAGAACCACUGUACAGUCCAUCAGGUCUGGAGAUUGAGCCACUCUGCCCAGACCCUGGAGAGGAGGCUGUGGUAUAUCUAGCAGAUGGAGCUGAUAAGGAUUCCAGAUUUAUGUAUUCCCGCAUAGGGGGGAGCUUCCCUACAAAGCAGGUGCUUCCUCAGUCCUGGGAUGACUGGGACAAUACUUUGAUUUUUGAAGCACGAUUUGAAAGUGGGAAUCUGCAAAAGGUGGUCAAAAUUAGUGAUUUUGAAUACCAGCUGACACUACGCACUGAUCUCUACACAAAUAAGCAUACCCAGUGGUACUAUUUUCAGGUCACCAACACUCAAGCUGGAACUCCCUACCGUUUCACCAUUGUCAACUUCACCAAGCCAACAAGCUUGUACAAUCGUGGUAUGCGUCCCUUGCUGUAUUCAGAAGCAGAAGCAAAGAUCCACAAGGUGGGAUGGCAAAGGACAGGAGAUGAAAUCAAGUAUUACAAAAACAAUCUCAGCCAAGAUGGGCGCCAGUAUUUUUCCCUGACGUGGACAUUCCAGUUCCCACAUGACAGGGACACCUGCUAUUUUGCCCACUGCUAUCCUUACACUUACAGCAACCUGCAAGUCUACCUGUCAGCCAUUGCCAGAGACCCAAAGCGGUCUAAGUUCUGCAAGAUCCGCAUCUUGUGCCAUUCUCUGGCUGGGAACAUAGUCUAUGUUUUAACCAUUACCAAUCCCUUGCAAGAUUUCAAGGAGGAAAAACGCAAGGCAGCGGUAAUUUUGACUGCCAGGGUGCACCCAGGUGAAACAAAUAGUUCCUGGAUGAUGAAGGGCUUUCUGGAUUACAUUCUGGGGGAUUCAAAUAAUGCCCAGCUGCUCCGAGACACUUUCGUUUUUAAGGUGGUGCCAAUGUUGAAUCCAGAUGGUGUGAUUGUGGGCAAUUAUCGCUGCUCUUUAGCAGGCAGGGACUUGAACCGUAAUUAUAAAUCUGAUCUCAAGGAAUCCUUCCCUUCCAUCUGGUACACCCGCACCAUGAUCAAAAGAAUAAUGGAAGAGCGCAAUGUUCUCUUGUAUUGUGACCUUCAUGGUCAUAGCAGGAAAGAGAAUGCCUUCAUGUAUGGCUGUGAAAAAAAGGAGCAGCAUGAAGAAGGCUCAUGUUUAAACCAGCGCAUUUUCCCUUUUAUUAUGAGCAAAAAUUGUCCGGAUAAAUUCUCAUUCCCAGACUGCAGUUUCAAGAUACAGAAAGGCAAAGAAGGAACAGGUCGAAUAGUGAUGUGGAAGAUGGGCAUCAGCAAUAGCUACACCUUGGAAGUUACUUUCUGUGGGUCUAGAUUGGGCAAUGGACAUGGUACCCACUUCAGUACUAAGGAUUUGGAGUCCAUAGGAUACCGUUUAUGUGAUUCACUGUUGGACUUCUGUAGUGAAAAGAAGAGUAAGUAUAAUGAAUGCCUGAAGGAACUGGAAGAAAUGGCGAAACAAGAUGACCCAAGUGCCUCUGUCAAUGACACAGUAGACAGAGAUUCCAGUUCUGAUAGCUCGGAUGCUAAUGAGCUUGCAGUUAAACUAGAAAUCCAGGCAAAACCAAGAAAGAAGUAUCUGAAAACAAAGAAGGAAAGGAGUUUUUUUCUGGAAUCAUCAGGAAGAAGAUUUUCUAAACAUCCACAUGAACCAAUGACCCAGGUUUUUCAGAAAUUAAAAUUGAUGGAGCUGCAAAACAUGCAAAAAGAAAAGUUUGAAGCCGCCAAGCAGAAUGUAGAGUCUUUCCCCAGAACCCCCAAUGCUAAAAAGGUUUGGAUGUCUCAUUAA